AUGAAUCCUCCUUUUAUCGCCUUCACAUCUAGGGGGAAGUUUUGUCAUGUGGAUGGAUUUGAGGCCACGUGCACAUACUUCAAGAUCGGGCCGUUGACAGGCGACUCCGGUGAACGUGUUCUCCUGCUCCCCACGAAUGUGAAUGUGAAGAAUAUUUACCUGUGUGACAAAUCUGUCAAUUCUGUCCCAUGUCCUGCUCUCUACGAGGUGCCGGAGGAAUCAGUGCAGUGGAUCACGGUUCCAGGUGACGACAAGACAACUGGGGAAGCGCGAAUUCUCUUUGUUGUCGGAUUUGACAAGGACAGUCUCGACCGGGGUCCUGUUGACGUGGCCGGUGCUUCUCUGGUUGUCCAUCUCAUUCAUCGAGCGGAGGGUUCGCUCAUGUUUGAUCUGAUCAACAAUGUGGACGCUCGACAAUUGAGGUGGGAUGGAAUGGGCAGCAGGGGCGUCAUGUCGCUGCCUCGAAAUCGGAGUCGUGGAGCCUUCUUUCGCAUACCUCUCUCAUUUGACGACUUUUAUUUCGGUCCUGCACUGCCAGCCCCUUUCAUUCGCAUUGAGCCAGGUUCAUGUCCUCCCGAGUCCAACCUCGUUGGAUUGAUCAUCUUUGCCCUGCCGUGGGAUCACCAAGUCUAUCAUCAUCGUUUCAAUCCCAGAAUUGCAGCGACAUUCGAUCUGCAGACGAUCAGUCCCCUUCCGGAGGUGUACAGGAACUUGACGACACCCUUUGUGGAUGUCAUCAUUGAUCCGCGUUGUGACAAUACCGAGGUUUACUUCUCUUACGCCUAUUCACAUUGGAUAUACCAGGUGAGCUAG